UGGUUUAAAGACCUCAUGACACCUAGAGACUACCUUUUUUUAUUUAGUCUAAAAUAACUUUUAUUUUCGAUUUGAAAUACAUAAUUGUGAUAAAUAUGCCCGGUUCUCUGUUAUUUUCGAAAUUUGUACGCAAGCCACUGAAAUCCACAGGCCAGUGUCUUGACAACGUUCCAACAUAAAGAUGACGUAUGCUCCGGAACGCUUUUAGACCUGAUUGCACCUGCUGCCACCCUUGACCUUGAUCAUUUCUAGUCACAGUAAGUCGUACUCGCAGUUUUAGCAUCUUUAAAGUUUUGUUCUUAAUAUUUUUGUUGAGAACAUGCCUGAGCGGUGUGUUGCAGCGUAUUGUUCAAACACCAGGGAGAACGGUUUUACCCUUCAUCGGUUUCCGAAAGACCCUGCUUUGUGUGAACUCUGGACGCAACAAGUUUGUAGGACAAGAGCUGGUCCGAAAGGAACAGUAUGGAAGCCAAGCUCGUCGUCUGUACUUUGCUCAGCGCAUUUUGAAGAGGAGUGCUACGACUCGAUCCCCGCUCUGAAGGAGCAGCUUGGUAUUGAUGUUCGUCUGAAGAAGGUUUUGCUGCCCAAUUCGGUUCCGCGUAUAUUUCAUCGAGGGACAAGCUCGAGGUUAGCCCCGGGGGCGAACGGCGACGUCAAGAGCCGGAGGUCUCAUGCUCUGGAGAAAAGGCAGAGAUUGGAGGUACUACAGGAAUGCCAGUCUGAGUAUGUUGCUGAAGAGGAAAGCGAUGACUUUCCUGACGGGGACCCAUCUACUGAUGUGAAUUCAACAGAAGAUCAGCACAGUGACUUUUCCGUUCAAGUGUGUCUGAGGCCACCAACAAGGACGGUGGCUAUGCAGUUCAAAGGAAGGGGACGGACUAAAGGUGUGCAGGCUACUACAUCAAUGGUCACUGUUGGGACUCAGACUGAGGAUGACUGCUUUUGCUUUCACAACACCGACAACUCAACCUCUUGUGGCUCUGACUCAGAUGACAACAUGUCGACAGAUGAUCCCGACUACAAGCUGCCGUCCUCUGAUGAUUCAGCUGAAGAGAGUCCUGAACACAAUACUCCACCAGUGCCGCCACCUGAGGCGCCAGCAGGUAGCGUUUUUCUUGUGUUCUGGGAAUGCCUGGUGACGCUGUUGUCAACAUGGUGCAGCUGUGGACUUUGUGGGAGCAGGUCACUGUCCUGGCAGUGUAAAGAAGUAGGAACACAGUUGCAGGUCACCAUCCAGUGCGGGGGAUGUGGGAACCAAGGACUAUGGAACAGUCAACCUUUCUUCGGCAGAACAGCAGCUGGGAAUGUGUUGUUGUCCGCUGCCAUUCUCUUCAGUGGGGCCACUGUCACCAAGGUGCUGCGUGUCCUAUCCAGAUUGGGCGUUGCUGUGAUGUCGGAAAGAUCGUUCUUCAGACAUCAGGACCAGGUGCUUUUCAAAGCUGUGAAGCGAGUUUGGGGCGAGCAGCAGUUUGCCAUGCUCUGUCUGCUACAGGCAGAAGGGGAACCCAUCGUGUGUGGUGGUGACGGGCGUGCCGACACCCCAGGGCAUUGCGCUAAGUACGGCACCUACUCAACAAUGGAGCUCCGGAAAACAGCUGUUAUUGACGUACAACUUGUACAGAGCAAUGAGGUUGGAGGGUCCUACCACAUGGAGAAAGUGGGACUGCAGCGAUCCCUUGAGAAAGUCCAGGGCUUUGUGGAUGUCGGAACUCUCGUGACAGACAGACACAUAGGCAUCAACAUGAUGAUUAGAGAGGACCAUCCAGACAUCACGCACCAGUUUGACAUAUGCACCAUCGCACAAACUGUCUGUAUCCAGUGUACCUCUUCCACCUAA